AUGGACAACAAAAUAAUUUACCGAAAGUUGCAGGAAACGGACCGCGAUUCCAUAGAAGACAUGUUGUAUACGUCAUUUAUCCUAGAAGAUCCUCUGGAAGUGUCUCUAGGUAUCGAAUGUCCCCGUGAAGCCAGGAUCCUUGUGGAACCUUUGGUGGGAUGGGCUCUUGCGGACGGAGUGUCUGUGGUAGCAGAACACGUACCAUCUAGAGAACUUGCUGGCGUGUGUCUCAACACAGUCGAUUCAGAAGUGAAAAGAUCUAUCCCUGUGCCAGCGGGCGACCCGGACUGUACUAAAAUGAAAGUAGUUCUGGAUUUCUUAGACGAUAUGCGUGACGGAGUAGACUUACGUAAACAGUUUUCUAUGACUAAGGUUGUUGACAUCCGCAUCAUAAAUGUGCUCCAUAAGUACGCCGGCAAAGGAAUUGGACGGGCUUUGGUAGAGGAGAGCCUGCUGUUGGCCAAAGAUCACGGCUGUGUGACCGCCUGUGCUGAAGCAACAGGCGUCUUUUCACAAAAGCUCUUCCAGUGUUUAGGAUUUACUACUGUAAAUGAAGUGUUUUAUUCUAACUACAUCAAGGACGGCAUGUUGGUGUUCAAUAAUACAGGAAUCCAUAGAUCAUGUCGUCUUGUCGCCAAAACCCUUUAA